CAAAACAAUGGGGAUUUGAAUGUUUUUGCCAAGUUUUUUCAAUAUAUUUCAACAGAAUUAAUUAAAAAUUUUGCGCAUAUAAGCAAUAUAUGAAAACAUAUGAUAUAGCUGUUAAUAACUUUUAAAGGAGUGUGUGUUGUUUCUAUUGCAUGAAUGCACUGCAAAUGUUCACAUAAAUCACACUAUAUUAUCACUUAUACCAGCGUAAAAAAGGUACAAUUUUAAUUUAUAUUGUGAAGAUAAUGGAGGAAGCUACGCAGAACACUGUGACAGAGGAACCAAAUAACCCGGGGCCCUCAACCGAGUCGGCUGGUAUUAAAAUUGAAGUGCCAGUUAUAGAUAGUAGCUCAACAGGCCCAGAACAGCGCAAAGCAAACCAGAACACAAAAAUCGAGCUUUUCGCACCCGUCACUGGCCCCAAGUUGUACAAUGUUAAAGGCAACAAUGUAACACCUCCCAUUAUUGCUCGUAAUCUCCCGCAGGCCUUCAAGUUUUUGCCAAUUCACGGAAGACCUAAGUCUAAUGACCACCUUAAAGAAUUUAGUCUUAAUAAAAUACGAGAGUUCGUUGGGGGUGCAUUAAAUGAUGACGAGUUUGUUAAACUGGCUAGAUCAUGCAGUCCCAGUCACUUAAAAACUGGAGAUGAAAUUGUAAUGGAUUGUAAUUAUCCAUCGCACAUCCCAUUAUCUGCCACACGGGAGGAUAUAGCGAAUCUAGAUGGUCCGGGCGACAAUUUGUUCACCGUGAAGAAGUUGAAGAUGAGAAUAAAUAGAGACACAAGGAACCUGUUCACUAGGACACUGAAGUAUAGGGGAGUCAGAUUCCUCCCUACUCCAACUGAAGUCACUGCUGAUUGUGAUGAUAAGAAUGGUAAGCCAUUGGAACCAGGAGUUGAUAUUCUCUACAGGAUAAGAGUGUAUCGUCCAUUUGAAUCUACAAUUAAGGACAAGCCACAGCAACAAACAACAAGGCAUUCUAUAUUCAACAAUGACAUAGUUCUCCUGGGACGACAAACUCUCACAGAGCUAAGGGACAGGAUUGUGUGCGCUAAUGAUGCCAGCAUGCGCACAGAUUUAUCCAACAAUCCAGAAGCUGUUCAAACUUCCACAGCUAAGGAGAUGUUUCCAUCUGGCUUCCUGUUUAUAAACAACGUGUUCUACGUGGACGAACGCACGGGCUGCCACGAUACGUCGUCGCCGGUGCGCGCGUGGGCGGUGCAGCGCAAGCUCGGCACCUUCCCCAAACGGAGCCUCAGCGUUAGGCUGGACCAGCUGCGCGUGCGACUGGGACACCCUGAUGUGUACAUACACCAGGGCUCGUGCGAGCACAUGUUCGUGUUCUCGGAGAUCCGUCUGCUCGGUGCAGCGGAUCCGUUGUUGGAGUCGCAUUACCCUCUACACACCGCGGUCGCGCAGAAUCAAACGCUGUACUGCACGACGUGCGCGGAGUUCGGGGCGCGAUGGGUCGUCGCCGGCUGCACCCGAAUACCGUUCGACCCAGCAUUCUUCUGUGAUACCUGCCUCCGAAUGUACCUCUACCGUGAUGGUCUAAAAGUGUGCGACUUCAAAGCUUACCAGUUUAGAGGAAACGAAAUAAACAUACUCAAGCCGCAGAUAUGACAAACGGUUUCCAAUGAAUAUAUGGAUAAGGUUGAAGAAGCCAGUACAUUUUAGAAUUGAUUGUAUGUUGUUGUAUUAUAUAAGUCAUGUGUGUGAU